AAUAAAGUAAAUAGGAGCUGUCAGUAGAUCCAGAAGUUCAUAAAUUUGCGAAUAAAAGGGGCGAUUUAACAAAAGAUAAUUGGAUUUCAUGCACACUAAGUAACAUUUGUAUGACGACCUUGUGCGACGUCUAAAAAAGGUUUUAUAAGGACAGGAGUGACGCUGUCCGGCAAUGUUCACAGACAUGGACUAUGAGUUGGAGGAGGAUAAACUGGGGAUACCGACAGUGCCUGGGACUGUGACUCUGACAAAAGAUGCCAAUAAUCUUAUAGGCAUCAGCAUUGGUGGUGGGGCACAGUACUGCCCUUGCCUCUACAUUGUUCAGGUCUUUGAUAACACGCCGGCAGCUCUGGAUGGGACGCUGGCAGCAGGUGAUGAAAUCACAGGUGUGAACGGGAAACCAGUGAAGGGAAAAACUAAGGUGGAGGUGGCCAAGAUGAUUCAAGCUGUGCAGGGAGAAGCUGUAAUCCAUUACAACAAACUGCAGGCUGAUCCAAAACAGGGGAAGUCUCUGGACAUCGUGUUGAAAAAAGUCAAACAUCGACUGGUAGAGAAUAUGAGCUCAGGCACAGCAGAUGCGCUUGGACUCAGUAGAGCUAUUCUAUGCAAUGAUGGACUUGUCAAAAGACUGGAAGAGUUGGAGAAAACAGCAGAGCUGUACAAAGGGCUGAUGGAGCACACAAAAAGACUGCUGAGAGCAUUUUUUGAGCUUUCUCAAACCCACAGAGCGUUUGGAGAUGUGUUUUCUGUCAUCGGGGUGCGAGAGCCUCAGGCUGCAGCCAGUGAGGCGUUUGUGAAGUUUGCUGAUGCUCACCGCAGCAUUGAGAAAUACGGUAUUCAGCUACUGAAGACCAUCAAACCUAUGCUCCAUGAUCUGAACACGUACCUUAACAAGGCCAUACCGGACACCAAGCUCACCAUCCGCAAGUACCUGGAUGUGAAGUUUGAAUAUCUGUCAUACUGCUUGAAGGUGAAGGAAAUGGAUGAUGAAGAAUACAGCAGCAUAGCCAUGGGGGAGCCUCUGUACCGUGUCAGCACUGGUAACUAUGAGUACCGUUUGGUGCUUCGGUGUCGGCAGGAGGCUCGCGCCCGCUUUGCCAAGAUGAGGAAGGACGUGCUGGAGAAGAUAGAGCUGCUGGAUCAGAAACAUGUUCAGGACAUCGUGUUCCAGCUGCAGCGCUUCGUCUCGGGCAUGUCGCAUUACUACAACGAGUGCUACGCCGUCCUGAAGGAGGCGGAUGUCUUCCCCAUCGAGGUGGACCUCUCCCGCACCAUGAUCAACUACAGCAGCCAGUCGUUCUCCUACACAGAUGAAGAUGAGGAGGAAGAGGGAGGCGGACGCAAAGAGGAAGGAGGAAGCAGUGCAGGCAGACAAGCGGAAAACGGAGCGGAGAAGCUGAUCGAUGAUGAAUGAGGAAGUCUGUGUGUGUGUGUGUGUGUGUGUGUGUGUGUUUACCAUCACUUACAUUUAAUGUCAACACACUCACCAGGCGGCGAUCCUUGCAGGAGAAAGCAGCUGUAGGAACGGUUCACACUGUUCUCACAAAGAGGAAUGCUGCUAUGAUGCUGUAUGUGGGUGUUUUUAUGGUUGUUUCUCUGUUGGAUUGUCAGAAAUUUAUAGCUUUAUGGUUACUUUAUAAUGUUAUUAACAUUUGGAAAUUUUCACUUUAAAACAAGUUCUUUGCGAUGUCACAUGAGGUCAUCGCUGAAGGAAUGUGAGGGACACAAUCAGUCGAAGGAAACUAUUUUUGUGUGAGUGAUGUGGUUGGGUUAUAAUGUUACAGACUGGGAUCUAUAAGCAUAUGAGUGGUGCCUUCUUUGCUCUCUGUACAAUGAGGUCUAAUGAGUCUGAUUGUUUCAUUGUGGAUAUUUAUUUUCUUUGCUGCAAAACUUCCUAUAUACUUGUCAUCUAUUUAUUUACCUGACUGAAAUGAGUUCUUAUUGUACAUGUUUGUCACUACUGAGAAAAAUUGUCAAUGCAGCAAACUGGUGGAUGGUCAUUUUACCACAUGUCAGGGUGUUUGUUACAUGCAGCUGUUAAAUGCCUUUUUUAUUCCAUCUUUGCACAUUUUAAGUUGUCCAACCAGGGACACAUUUGCAAAAAUCUUUUUUUCUUUUUUUGAAGUAAUCCAGUCUUUUAUCUUCUCAUGCAGCAUGCUACAGGUGGAGUGUUCACAUUCCCCUCACUACAUUUUCAUUCCAGCUGUGCCCUCACAACUGUGGGGUUUAGGAUGAAGAAACCAAUUGGAUGCACAGCGUCACCACUGUAGGAAGGAAUUUAAAAAAAAAACAAAAAAAAAACACUGUGUACAAAAAGGGAAAAGGUAUAACAACUCUUUUAUUUAUUGUGUUUUUCAAAUUAUAGCUAACGUUUUAAUCAGCAGGGGGUUUAUCUGAUAGUUCAUUGAUCAUUUACGUGAAUCUGUUUUAUACCAUAAACAAUCAGUGAGGGGCAGCAUCGGACCAGCUCCCAAAUGUGUGUAUUGUUUUUCUGAAUGUGAAGAAAGGGACCCACUGUAUGUUUUUUGUUUGUUUUGUUUUGUUGUACGGUGUUUGCUUCAUAUUUGUAUUAAUAUUGGCUAUUCAGAUCUUUACACGUGAUCAUUUGAAUGGGUCGUGUUCUUUAGAAAAAAUUACGUCAGCUUAAUUUCCAUUGUAACUUUCUUUCGUCGCGAUAAGAUCUGCUGUUUCAUUAAUUGCGCCGAUGCACUGUCCGUGACAUUGUAACAUAUCGAAUAAA